AUGGCGACCCCUGCCACCACCAUUCGCCUUCUCGCAUGCUUUGCGGUAGCCGCGUGUCUGCUGAUGGUGCACAGCGGCUCGCGGCUCGUCAGCGGCCCAGAGCGGAUCCGCAGCGGCAAACUCGAGCAGGCUGACGAGGAGGUGGGUGCGUUGCGGCGGCAGCUCGAGGCGGCAAGGGCAGAGGCGGCCGCAGCUGCCACUGAGGCGCGAGCGGCCACACGGAGGGCGGAGGCGGCGGAGGCGGCGGAGGCGAAGGCGCUCGCGCAGGCGGCGGCCGCUGCACUGCCGCGCCGCACUGCCUCCUCUGGGCCUGGCGAGGGACUUUCCGGGCUCGAGGAGGCCAACGGAAGGCUGCUGAGCCGCGACGACAUCCUGGCUCGCGUCCCGGUGGGCCAGCCCGCCUUCUUCACCGUCGCGAACUCCGCCUACGCCGACCUCGCCGAGAACUGGGCGCUGCUGCUGAGGCCGCUGCUGCGCGGGACGACGGCGGGCCACAUGUUCGUCGCCUCACUGGACGGCGCGCUGGCGACGCGACUCCUCGCGCGAAGGCUGCCGACGCUGCGGGUCGGGCUUGGCUCCAACGACACCGGCCGGGCACCACCGCAGUCCAAGGCGCCGCCGGUCGAGGUGAGCGCAAACUUCCGGCUCAAGUUCUCGAUGUUUCGCGCCUAUGGGGUGACCAAGGCGGACCUCAUUGUGUGGCUUCUGCGAGCUGGCCGGCCGGCGGUCGUGUCGGACGUCGAUUGCGCGUGGCUCUCGCGGCCGCAGGCCUCCGUCUCCGGGAAGCCGGGCGAGAACGACUGCGACCAUGGCUGCGCGGGGGCGGUGGACGACCAGCUCACCUUCAACCAGAUCGUGGCGGGCUCGCCGACCAAAGGCAAGGGCGAGCCUAUCUACCCGCUCCGCGCAGCCGGCGACGGCGGGCGGGUGGUCUUCGACGGCAGCCAUCGGCGGAAGAUCGGGCCGGUCUCGGCGCGCGUGAUCUGCUCGGGGCACGUCUUUCACGUCCAGCAGGCCGUCCGGAUCUCUGCGAAUCUCGGCGAAUCUCGGGCAAUCUCGGCGAAUCUCGGGCAAUCCAAUGGCUGUAGGCCGUCGAGCCUCGCGCGUGCCUCGUGA